AUGGGUGAGCGGGGGAGGGGGAGGAGUGCGCUGGAGGGAAGGCAAGGGCUUGCAGAGGAGCCAGCAAGGGCAGAGAAUUCUGAUGGGGCUGUGCCCCUAGAGCGCGGUCUUAGGGUGUUGGGUAAUGAGGAGCAUGGAGGGGAAGCAGGCAGGGAGGGGGGUAGAAAGAGGAGGGGAGGAUGGAUGGAGAGAAGAGGUGCGGAUGAGAUGGGGGAGGGGUUGGGCAGAGGCGGAGAUGAGGGGAGAGAGAAGGUGGUGGGGGAGAGAGGGAGGAGGCGAGGGGAGGAGGAGGAGGCGGGAAUGAGGGUUGCUGGUGGGGAGUGUGCAGGUGAUGGUGGGGCGAGAGAUGGGGAUGGGGAGAAGGAAGGAGCGUCAGUAUGUAGGGAAGGGAAGGGUGAGAGGGAGGGCGACCGGGGAGGUGGAUUUGGGAGGGCUAUGGCGGGUGGGGAGAUUUCAGGGAGUGCCAUUGCUGGUGGUAGUGGGAGAGGGAGAGGGAAGGGAGAGAGAGGAGGUGGGGGAGAAGGAGGAGAGGGGGACGGAGGAGGUGGAGGGGAAGGAGGAGGUGGAGGGGAAGGAGGAAGGGAAGGGGAAGGGGAAGAAGGUGGGGAAGGAGGAGCGGACGGGGAAGGAGGUCGUUCGAAAAGAAGGGGUGAAGGAAGGGGAGAAGGUGGAUGGAGGAAAAGGGGAUUCGAAGGCAAGCUGAGCCAUGUGCAUGCAGGCUCUUCUGAGGGCAUUGGUAGGGGCGACGCUGUGGGUGCAAAUGAAAGGACGGAGGGGGGUACGGGAGGAGCUAUGGAAAGGGAGAGUGCAGGGAAGAAGAGAGACGAAGGCAGGAGUGGGGUGGAGAGGGGUGCAGAUGGGGUUGUGUGCCAGGGGUGGGGUACGGGGGAUGUAGAUGGGGAGAGGUGUAAUGCGGUGGGAGGGGAGGCGGAUGUGGUGGUGGGAGGAAGGGAUGAGAGAGAUGGUGGGCCGUGGGAGGUGGUGGAGGGGGUAGAGGAGGGGGGAGGCGGAGGAGGAGGAGGGGGAGAGCAGCAGACUCGCAGUGGUAGUGGGGGAGCAAGGGAGGAAAGAGAGGUAUGCAAGGGCUCAGAGAAGAAAGAGAAAGAGGGAUGGGGGAGGACGGGGGCGGCAGAGGAGUGUAGGGAGAAUGAAAGUCAACGGGUGGCAGUGUCAGCGGGUGGAGAGGCAAGAAGGGAUGUGCGAGUGGUGGCAUGCAAUGGGGAUGUGGCACGAGAAAGGGCAGAUGCUGCUGAUUCUGGCUUAGCGGAUGGUUCUAACAAGGGUGAUGUGAUAGAUGGUGGGGGUAAGGAGGGAAUGGUGGCAGGUAAAGUCGAGGAGGAGGAGGAGGGAAGAGGAGGUGUGGAGGAUGGGGGAGUGACCACGCAGGGAGGCAGGCCUGCAGUGGGCUUGGAGAGUUUGAAACGGUCUCUUGCAAGGGCCGAGGGGACUGGUGUGGGGGAAGCAGCGGUGAGAGAUGCAGCGGGAGCAGACGCGCAGAGGGGAGAAGCGGGAAGGGAGGAGGGUGAGGGGGAAAGGGAGGGGAGCGGGGAUGAGAGGGGAGAUGGCAGGGGAGGGAGCGCGGGAGGGGUUGGCGAAUCAAACGAGGAGGUGCGACUUGCGGAAGAAGAUCAAAGGGUGCAAGUAAUGCAAUCAGUAGAGGUACGGUCCGUGGCAGCAGCAGCACCACCACCACCAGCAGCAGGAGCAGCGGGGCUUGCAGGGGGCCUGUGCUCACUACUGCCAGAGCAGAAUGUGAAAGAAGGGGCAGUGGGGAGGGUGCAGUACAGGCGGAGAAAGGGCGGCUCUGGGUCCACACCGCUCAAGAAGAGAGGCCCUGGGGUGGUGGAGCAGCAGCAGCGGAGACCAGGCUUGGGGAUGCACUUUGAAAGCAGUCAAGUGCAUGAGAAGGAGGAAAAGGAGAAGGAGAAGAGGGAGGAAACGGAGGAUGGGUUGGAGGGGAGGGUUGUGGGGCGGAGAGAGGAGGGAAGAGAAGCAGAGGCGUAUAUAGGACCGUUGCAGGAGGCGUGGGGGGAGAGAGCGGAGUGUGGUGAGUGGGAGGGCGGGGUGGGGGCAGUGAUGGGGAAGUCAACAGUGGGGAGGGCAUUGGUGGGAAGGGCAGUGUCACAAGAAGCUGAGCGGCAGGAUGUGCAAGGGCAAUCCAGCCCACGCAAGAGACUCAAACGCUCGGGCUCCUCUGCAAAAAAAGCAUCAUUCAGUGCGUCUGAUCCGGCUGUUGCUGCUACUGUUGCCGGCGUGCCAAGGAAACUGGAGCACCCAGACUACACAUCCAUAGUGCGACAGCACAUCGACCUGAGCAUGAUCGGCAGGCGGGCUUUAAGCGGCGAGUACCCCUCCCGGCACGCCUUCUUCCGGGACGUGGUGCAGCUGCUGGCCAAUGCCUUUGUGGCCUUCCCCCACGACUCACACCACUUCACGGCUGCUCUCUCCUUCCGCUCGCACCUCUGCCAGGAGAUGUCCGCAGCGUUCCCCCAAGACUCGUGGCCUCUUCCCUUGUCAGACCGCGGGGCAGCAGGCAUGCACGCUUCCUGCAGCCACAGCAGCCGCGAAAGCUUCCCUUCAGGGGCUCGUGCAGGCACAGGGAGGGUGGGGAGAGGGGUGGCGCGGGGGAGGGGGGGUGGGGUUGAUGGGGAGGAGGGGUGGGAAGAGGUGGAGGAGGGGGAGGAGGGGGAGGAGGGGGAGGAGGGGGAGGAGGAGGGUGAGGGGGCAGGGGCAGGGGAGGUUGGGAAGGUUGGGAGGGAGGGAGGAGAGGGAGGGGAUAAGGGUGGGAGGAUGGAACAGGAAGGUGAGGAGGGAGGGAGGAAUGGAAAGGGAGGUGCAGAAAGGAGAGAAAGAAGAGAAGUGAGUGGAAGUGGGGAACGAGAAAAUCCAGUGGGAGUGGUAGGGAGAAGGGGAGGGGAGAAGGGAGAGGGGAGAGGGGGAGCAGGGGUAAGAAUAGAGAUAGCGGACACGGGAUGUUGUGAAGGGGAGACUGUGGAUGAUAAUAGUGGUGCAGGGGGUGCAGGGGAUGCAGGCACCAAGGCUGCUGAGCAUCAUAACCACACAGAGCAACUAAGAGGGGGAGAAGCGGCGGGAGCGAACAGAGGUGGUGACGGGGAGGCGGGGGAGGCGGAGGAGGAAGGGAGGGAGGGAGGGCUGUCUGGGUGUCGAUCCGGGAGGAGCAAGGCGAGCAGCAGCGGGAGAAGCACAGGAGGGGCGUCAACAGGAGCAGGGUCUACAGCAGGCAAGACAGAGAGCGGUGCAGGGAGGGGAGAUGGAAGGGGGAGUGGGAGAGAGAGAAGCUCACAAAGUGAGGCAGAGGCAGAGGAGGUAGCAGCAGGGGAGGGGGGAGCUGGCACGCACACCAGCCCGACAAGUCCCACCAGUGCUGGUGGGGAGAGUGCAGGGGGCAUGGUGACGCGGCACAAGAGGCGCAUGCGGGGUGACUUUUGA